CAACAACAAUCAGUACAGCAGGGCUGAAACAGAGAUGGUCCCGUGAAGCUGAACGCUCACCACUGUACUAAUCCCAGUCCAACUGCUGCUAUUUCUACCGGAGCUUUAUAUGUCGAUGGUGCCGAGCCCAUGAACUUGGCCAGUCAAAGCGGGGACGCUGGCGGAAGCCAGCUCCUCUUCGCCAACUUUAACCAGGAUAACACGUCCUUAGCUGUUGGCACCAAAUCAGGAUACAAGUUUUUCUCUUUGUCCUCUGUGGACAAACUGGAGCAGAUAUAUGAAUGUACUGACACGGAGGAUGUGUGUAUCGUGGAGCGUCUGUUCUCCAGCAGCCUGGUGGCCAUCGUGAGCCUGAAGGCCCCGAGGAAGCUCAAAGUCUGUCACUUCAAGAAGGGAACUGAGAUCUGCAACUACUCCUAUUCUAACACCAUACUGGCUGUUAAACUGAACAGACAGAGACUGAUAGUGUGUCUGGAGGAGUCACUUUACAUUCACAACAUCCGAGAUAUGAAAGUGCUGCAUACGAUCAGAGAGACUCCACCCAAUCCUUCAGGAUUGUGUGCCCUGUCCAUCAGCAAUGAUAACUGCUACCUGGCGUACCCAGGCAGCGCUACGAUAGGAGAGGUCCAGGUGUUUGACACAGUCAACCUGCGAGCAGCAAACAUGAUUCCAGCCCACGACAGCCCACUAGCAGCUCUGGCUUUUGAUGCUAGUGGAACCAAACUGGCCACAGCCUCAGAGAAGGGCACAGUCAUUCGCGUCUUCUCCAUCCCGGAGGGACAGAAGCUCUUUGAGUUUCGACGAGGAGUCAAGAGGUGUGUGAGCAUCUGUUCGCUGGCGUUCAGUAUGGAGGGCCUGUAUCUCUCUGCCUCCAGCAACACAGAGACAGUCCACAUCUUCAAACUAGAGACACAGAAGGAGAAGUAUGUGCCAGCGGAGGAGCCCACCACAUGGGGAGGUUACCUGGGAAAGAUCUUGAUGACAUCCACCACCUAUCUGCCUUCCCAGGUCACGGAAAUGUUCACCCAGGGGCGAGCCUUUGCCACCGUACGUCUGCCUUUCUGUGGACAUAAGAACAUCUGCGCCUUAGCUGUGAUUCAGAAGAUCCCCAGGUUGUUGGUGGCAGCGGCCGAUGGCUACCUGUAUCUGUACAACCUGGAUCCACAAGAAGGAGGAGAGUGUACACUUAUGAAGCAGCACAGGUUAGACGGCACUGCGGAGCCGCCCAAUGAGAUCCUUGAGCCGGGAUCGCAUGAUCGCCCGCUUGUGACCCAAACCUACAGUGCUGCCGUCACUAAAGGUUACUGCGAAGAACAGGGUGCGGUGGGGGGUGCGGGACUUGAAGAUGACCUAAACGACUUACGCUUAGAGGAGGAGAACGAGCAGCCGCCACUCAUCCUUGAAACUGACUGACUUAGCGGUUGGCCGUACCCACCAAUCAGAGGGCUCCUCUGGUGCUGCUACAAACACGUGACACAAGGGGGGCAGGGACAGGAUCGAAGAUGGAAAGUGUUUUUGGUUUUUUUUUUGGUUUAUUUCGUUUGUUUUUUUUUUUACACUCGAAGUGUUGAAGAGCCUGUCUGUCAGUCUAUCUGUGCGUUUGUCUGUACACAUACAUGUCUAUCUUUUUUUUUUUCUUCCCUCCUUUCUCCUUCAGUUUCGCCUGUGCGGGUCAAACUGACGCUUUGCAUGUACAUGUGCCAACCGCUGAAAACAUGCUCCAAUGUGAAAACGAGUAUCUGUGAAUGUGAGUGUGAUCCAAAACAUGUAGCUGUGUCUCUUCUUAAGACACACACACACACACAGAUGCAAACACUGUGUAAAAUGAAAGUGAUUGUGUAAGUGCCUCUCUGCCCCAGUGACAUGGUUGUCUUCUUUUCUGAGAGGGAGGGUGAGGGGGGGGGGGAUCUCUUUGCAUUGGCUUAAUAAAAUCUAUUUUCAGUUGUCUGAUCUUAAUCGAGGGUGUGUACUAUCUUUUCUGAACCCUUUCCUCUCUCACACGCGGUCAGAACGCCGCCCUGCGACGAGCGCGGCAUCCGUCGAGUUUACCCUUAAAAGUAAAGAUUGGGAAGCUUGUGGCACGAGGCCGAGGUGUUUGCGUAAAAAGGACUGUGUGUCUGUGCGCUUGAGACCCGAUUUGUGUGUGUGUGUGCAUGUGCUGGGCAUGUACAUUCUGCAGAAACAUCUAGUAGUUCGCUUCCACUUCCCCGUGCACUUUUACCUCAACCAAACAGCGGCUCAGUGAACCCUCCCCGUCCUCUUCCUCCCCUCGCCCCCCCUUCGUCAGGCCUGAUCAUGAUUUUAAACUCUGAUAUUAUUGAUCUUUUUUUUAAAUCUACAUAACUAAUCAUAACCAAUGAUGUGUCAUGCGUAUGAAAACAUGCAUGGUGGUUUUCUCGUGGUACAGUGUCCAUACAUCAAAGACAUGGCGAUGAUCAGUUGAGAAAAAGGCAACGAUGAGUCCUCGUCUUACUCCUCAUCCUACUGUAUCUCUACUUUGUAUGUUACUAGACGUGGCAAGAUAUCACUGUACCAUAUUGUCGGGUCCUGGCUUUCGAGGCUUUGCACUCUGGGAUUAGUUUGGACUGAACUGUGGAUUGUAAAACGAUCGAUCUGGAGGUCAGGCUGAGCCUCAUCAAGUGGUCCAGGAUGCUGCAUGAUUUCCCAGGAAUCCUUUGGUAUUUGAAGCUAACAAACGAGGAUUAACAAUGGGAGUGUGGAGUGUCAGGCAUUUUCUAAUGAUUUUGUACAAAAUGUGAAACAUUCAUCUGAAACUAAAAUGAAAAUAAAUUCCAUGUUGAUGUACGAGA